UAUCCCCUAUAACAUCCAAAACAAACCCAAGAAGAGAAAAAAAACAGAAACAAAAACGACGACAUGUCAUCGGCCGACCGGAAGAAAAUCAUUGUCGUUGUAGGUGCGACAGGACGACAAGGUGGUAGUGUCGCCCGGACGUUUCUGUCGUCACCGGUAUCAUCUCGCUGGAGAGUUCGAUGUGUCACUCGCAACCCAUCAUCCGAAGCUGCAAGAGGUUUGGCAUCCUUGGGAGCCGAAUUGAUCCAAGCAGACCUCUCAUCCCUGCCUAGCCUGGUGUCUGCCUUUUCAGGAGCACAUGCGAUUUUUGUCAACACUGAUUUUUGGGACGUCUACCGUCCCGCUUUGAAGUCUGGGAAACCCGACGACGAAGCAUCUCGACUCGCAUACGACACCGAGGUUGAACGUGGCAAGAAUGCGGCGAUUGCCGCGUCUCAAACUCGCGGGCUUGAAAAAUACGUCUAUUCGGCCUUUGGAUCCAUGAGGGUGGCGUCAAACGGAAAGUACUCUCGUUGUUAUCACUUUGAAGCAAAGGCCGUGGUGGUUUCUUACAUCACUUCCGAAUUACCCGACUUGCACCAAAGGACGAGUUACGUUUACGCCUCGGCUUAUUGUGACAAUACGUUGUUGUAUCCUCACAAGGUACCUUUUGGGACACCUUGGAUGCUUUGGGUCAUUACGAAAUUUCCUUGGUUGGUACACUUGUUGCCCAAACCUAGGGCCAAGUUGGAACAAACCGAAACCGACGACGAGGACAAGAGCAGCAGCCGCGGCAGCAGCCGCGGAUGGUGUCAAUACCUGAUGACCCUCCCUGGUCGAAUGAGUACAACUUUACCGGCGUUCAUCCCUAACCUCUCGACGGGUCCUUACGUUCGUUGUUUGGUGGAGGACGAAAAACCCGGAACAAGACUCUUGGCCGUGGAUUGGUGGUUGAGCAUGGAUUCAGGGUUGAAGGCUUGGGAAAAGACAACAAACAGGAAAGCACACUUUUUGGAAGUUUCAGUGUCACUCUUGUGUCGAAUAACAGGUAUAAGAGAAGAAGUCAUGGAGGGUGCGGCUUUCCUCGCGGAAUUCCCAUACAUGUGUGAAGUCAAGGAUUGGAUCGAACCGAAGCAUCUCCAGAAUCCACCUCCCCUGGCCAUGGAAACUUGGGAGGACUACUUGAGGUCGAGGGACAUGAAGGAGUUGCUUGAAUAAGACAUAUUUUGGUUUUGUUUUUCAUUCUCCCACCUGUUAUCAAGGUGAUCCCAUCUUGUACAUAUCCA